AUAAUGAAAAUAUUUCACAUUUUGCUUCUAAGUUUCUUAAUAUAUGUUGCUAUGUCUGGUGAUUCAACAACAACAUGCACAGAGGACCAAGUCCUUGUUAAAGGAAAAUGCAAGGAAGCUAAGAAUUGCAAAACUCAAAUUGGAUUCUUCAAAUAAACCUAAGCCAACGGAAAAAAAUAAAUAGCCAAAAGACCAACAUUUAAAGUAGAGUUAGUUGAAGGAAAUCUUAAAUUCUCAUUGACUUUUCUUAAUGCCAAUGAUCUCUAGACUUCUGUGGAAACUGGAUCAGACACCUCAUGUAUUAAAGUCUAACUGAGAAAAUUUAAAGCUGCAUUCACAAAUGAAGAAGCAGAUACUACAACAAUUACCUCAAGCGUAUCAGAAAACUCAAAAAUAUGGAGCUUUACUGUCAAUAAAGAGUAUUUAAAUUUUUUAUUUUUAGUCAAUUUAACACAGUAUUUUUGAAAGAUGAAUCCAAUGAUGAGAUCAAAUACACUGGUUUUUAUGCAAUAGCAGUGACCUUGUAAUUACCAAAUGACAAUGGAGUCAAACCCUUAGCUUUCUUUGCUUUUAAAUUCUCAGCUAUUUUUAGCAAAGAUUUAGCAACCCUAAAAUCAAGUGAUAUCAAGCCCAAAGUACAAGCUGAAUAGGUUUGUGCUGAUACAACUGGAGAAUAAUGUGUCAAUACUGCUCAAUCCACAUUGACAUUAUGUUCUGAUGAAGCUUGUGCAACACCUCUCAAUCAAACUGAAUUAGUAGUAGGAGAAACCAUUUAUGUUAAAUAAACAAUCACUUAAGAAGGAUUUAAAGGUUCAAAAUGGAAACCUUAAGAUGCUGAAAUUACAGUAUCUGCCGAUGGAGUAGCUAAAACAGUCAAGCCUAAAAAAUUAGAUAAAGGAGACAAGGGAGAAUAAAUUUAUUAGUUUAAACUAAAUUUCUUGGGUAAUAAAGUUACUAUAGCUUCUGAUGCCGCAUUAGUAGAAACAACAACAACUAGACUCUUAUAAGAAGCUGCAGAUGAUCCUUCCGUUGUUGGAUCAACCUCUGUCUCUUGCAUUAAAGAGACUGCUGAUAGCACAUGUCCAACUUAAGAAAAAGUGUUGAGUUACAAUACAGAAAAUUGUUCUGGAUUAUCCUGUGAUGAUGAAAGCUCAAAUGCUCUGAUAUUCUAAGUGCUAAUAGCAAUAUUAGGAUUUAUGAUGUUAUGAACAAUAUAAAAAAACACAAUUUAAAAAUUUAAAUAUUUAUUUCAAG